AUGACAAUGCACCACUGCUUGUUUUUGGCUGCUGGCUUUCUGCCUGUUUUGAUUAUAAGAAGCUAUGAGGCCAAACAAGCAAUAGUGACUUACGAUACAGUCCGCACUGACUCACCAACUGUCCAAGGAGAAAUCGUUGUUCUACAUAAUACCCUCAGGAGAGGAGUAAUACCACCUGCCAGCAACAUGCUGAAAAUGAGUUGGAGUGAAGAAGCUGCACAAAAUGCCAACAAGUUGUCAAAGUAUUGUAACUUGGCAGUGAGCAACGCUCUUAAGAGACGAAUUACAAAUACUUUUUGUGGAGAAAACAAGCAUUUGACAACUUAUCUUACGACAUGGUCAAAUGUAAUUGGACUCUGGUACAAUGAGUCUAAAUAUUUCACGCAUGGGGAAUGGCCAUCAGAGGAUGACGACAUCACAGUUGAUCAUUACACUCAGCUAAUUUGGGCUACUUCUUACCUCAUUGGCUGUGGAGUGUCAUUAUGCUGCCAUAGAAUAUUACCUCAAUAUCUCUAUGUUUGUCACUAUUGUCAUGAGGGAAAUGAACCUGACAAAAAGAAUAAACCUUAUAAGAGGGGAAAUCCAUGUGGAGAUUGUCCAAAUGACUGUGAAGAUAAGCUUUGUACUAACCCAUGCAUCUACUAUGAUGAAUUCUAUGACUGUGAGACACAAAAGAAGGCACUUGGAUGCAAACACCCAUCACUUCAACUAUGCAAAGCUAGUUGUCUCUGUGACACUGAGAUAAAAUAA